GUUAUGGAGCUUCUACAGAUAUAGAGGUGAUUUACGAGUGUUUGCAGACCGAAUAUGGAGUUGGUCAAGAGGAUUUGAUCUUGUAUGGUCAGUCCGUGGGAGGGGGACCAACGCUGCACCUUGCCUCUAAGCUUCCUCGACUUAGAGGUGUGGUUAUUCAUAGUGGCAUUCUCUCUGGUCUUCGUGUUCUAUAUGUCAUGUCAAGUUCAAGUUUUGUUCCGACAUUUAUUCGAUAUAUAUUCUCUUCCCUUUUCAUUAUGCCGAUUAAUU